AUGGCGCCCACCAAGGACACCAUGUUCCGCUCAGCGGACAUGUCCUUGACCCAGCUUUACAUUGCCAACGAGAUUGGCCGCGAGGUCGUGUCUGGCCUCGGCGAGCUCGGAGUGAUGGAUUUCAGAGAUCUCAACUCGGAGACGACCGCUUUCCAACGCACCUUUACUCAGGAGAUCCGCCGCCUCGACAACGUAGAGCGCCAGCUCCGCUACUUUCGCGCCCAGAUGGAGAAGUCCAACAUCGCGAUGCGCUCCAUCUACGACUUCAACAACCCCUUCACAGCGCCUUCGGCCUCUGAAAUUGACGAGCUUGCGGACAAGAGCCAGAGCUUGGAACAGAGAAUCGCCUCGUUGAACGAGAGCUACGAGACAUUGAAGAAGCGCGAGGUGGAGCUGACAGAGUGGCGUUGGGUGCUGAGAGAGGCGGGUGGCUUCUUCGACAGGGCCCGAGGCCAAACCGAGGAAAUCCGGCAUUCUGUCGAUGACGAUGACGCGCCGCUACUCCAGGACGUCGAGCAGAACGGAAACGGAAACGGUGAUGCCGGUGCGGAGCGAUCCUUUACGGGCAUGAACAUCGGCUUCGUUGCCGGUGUCAUCCCCCGCGAACGCAUCGCCGCCUUUGAGCGCAUCUUGUGGCGUACUCUCCGUGGCAACUUGUACAUGAACCAGUCGGAGAUCCCCGAGCCCAUCAUCAACCCCGAGAACAACGAGGAGACCAGCAAGAAUGUCUUCAUCAUCUUCGCCCACGGCAAGGAGAUCAUCGCCAAGAUCCGAAAGAUCUCAGAGUCACUUGGUGCCGACCUCUACAGCGUUGACGAGAACAGCGAGCUACGCCGGGACCAGAUCCGCGAAGUCAACACCCGAUUGAGCGACCUCGCUAGCGUUCUCAAGAACACAAAGUCGACACUGGAUGCUGAAUUGACUGCGAUUGGACGGAACCUUGCGGCUUGGAUGGUCGUCAUAAAGAAGGAGAAGGCUACCUAUGAGACACUGAACAAGUUCUCAUACGACCAUCAACGCAAGACGCUUAUUGCGGAAGCAUGGGCUCCUACCAACUCCCUCGGACUGAUCAAGUCGACCUUGUCGGAUGUCAACGAGCGUGCCGGUCUCUCCGUACCUACCAUCGUCAACCAGAUUAAGACGACCAAGACGCCACCAACAUACUUCAAGUCGAACAGGUUCACUCUGGGUUUCCAGACCAUCAUCGACGCCUACGGAACGAUCAAGUACCGUGAAGUCAACCCCGCUCUGCCGGCCAUUGUCACUUUCCCUUUCAUGUUCGCCGUCAUGUUCGGUGAUGCUGGACACGGUGUCAUUCUUACUCUCGCGGCUUGCGCUAUGAUUUACUUUGAAAAGCGACUGGAACGCAGCAAGCUUGAUGAGCUGUUUUCAAUGAUGUUCUACGGUCGUUACAUUGUCUUCAUGAUGGGCAUCUUCUCCAUCUACACCGGUCUUCUCUACUGCGACGCCUUCUCUCUUGGAUUGCCCUGGUUCAAGUCCAUGUGGGUGUGGGACAACGACGGCAAGGGCCCGACCUCUUCUCGUGUUGAAGGUUACACAUACCCCUUUGGCUUGGACUACCGCUGGCACGACACCGAGAACGACCUUUUGUUCUCGAACAGUUACAAGAUGAAGCUUAGUAUCUUGCUCGGUUGGACCCACAUGACCUUCUCGCUGAUGUGGUCGCUUGUCAACGCUCGCUACUUCAAGACUAAGAUCGACAUCUGGGGCAACUUUGUUCCUGGUAUGAUCUUCUUCCAGUCCAUCUUUGGUUACCUCGCCUUCACCAUUGUGUACAAGUGGACCAUCGACUGGCCUGCGCGCGGCGAGAGCCCGCCCAGUCUGCUCAACAUGUUGAUCUACAUGUUCCUCAGCCCGGGUACACUCGAGGCUGGCACUUCACCGCUCUACCCAGGCCAAGCGACUGUGCAGGUUAUCCUCCUGCUCAUGGCGCUUGCCUGCGUUCCCAUCCUGCUGUUCCUGAAGCCCUUUUACCUUCGCUACGAGCACAACAAGGCUCGCGCGCUUGGCUACCGCGGCAUCGGCGAGAGCACCCGCGUCAGCGCCAUGGACGACGAUGACGACGAGACUGAUGGCCGUCAGAACGGACGUGAGAGCUUUGGAGAUGACGACGAUGGCAUUGCCAUGAUUACACAAGACAUUGGCCACGGUGAGGAACACGAGGAAUUCGAAUUCAGUGAAGUCAUGAUCCACCAAGUCAUUCACACCAUUGAAUUCUGCCUCAACUGCGUCUCACAUACUGCCUCAUACCUCCGUCUCUGGGCCCUAUCCCUCGCCCAUCAACGUCUCUCCAUUGUGCUCUGGGAAAUGACCAUGAAGAACGCCUUUGCCUUUACUGGCGUCGCAGGUGCCUUCGUCAUGGUCUUUGUCUUCUACUUCUGGUUCGCGCUUACCGUCGCCGUGCUGUGUGUCAUGGAAGGUACAAGUGCCAUGUUGCAUUCGUUGCGUCUGCAUUGGGUCGAGGCUAUGAGCAAGCAUUUCAUCGGUGACGGUGUGGCGUUUGAGCCGUUUAGCUUCAAGGUUUUGCUGGAAGAGGAGCCGGUGGAGUAA